CUCCAUUACCGUUUGCAAAGAACUACUUUGCUUUCCGAUUCUUCAUAGUAAUUCCGUUUUCUUGAAGUGUUUCCUCAUCUGGGUUUCUCUUCUUUUUCCUCACAGAGGAAGGGAUUUUAGGUGGAUAAAGGCUUUCACCGGAAAAUGAAUGUCCUGCCUUUCAUCUUCGGCGUUUUCGGAUAUGCCACGGGUCUCUUCCUCUUCUUGUCUCCGACGAUUACAUUUAAGAGGAUCAUCAAAAGCAAGUCCACAGAACAGUUCUCUGGCAUUCCAUACGUGAUGACCUUGCUCAACUGCCUCCUCUCUGCUUGGUAUGGCCUUCCCUUUAUAUCCAAAGACAACAUUCCGGUUACAGCAAUCAAUGGAACGGGAGCAGCAAUUGAGGCAAUCUAUGUGUUGAUCUUUAUCAUAUACGCGCCGAAGAAGGAAAAGGCAAAAAUUUCCGGUCUCUUUGCGUUUAUACUUACUGCUUUCUCCGCCGUGGUCUUGGUCUCUAUCCUGGCCCUCCAUGGCAGCACCAGGAAGCUCUUCUGUGGUUUGGCUGCUACCAUUUUCUCCAUCCUCAUGUAUGCCUCACCUCUAUCCAUCAUGUGGAUGGUGAUCAAGACCAAGAGUGUGGAGUACAUGCCAUUCUUCUUGUCACUUUUUGUGUUCCUUUGUGGCACAUCAUGGUUUGUUUUUGGUCUUCUUGGUCAUGACCCUUUUGUUGCGAUUCCAAAUGGGGUCGGGUGUGGACUGGGAGCAGUGCAGCUCAUCUUGUACUUCAUCUACCAUAACAACAAGGAUGAACCCAAGAAGAAGUCCGCGGCUAGCGGCGUGGUGGAGAUGGGACAAGAAAAUCCUCAAAAGGGCAAGCAAUUGAAUGGUUCACUGGUUGAACAAGUGUAAUCGAGUUCAUGCUGACGAAAUAUGGUCCAAUCCAGGCAUGGAUCAGGGCAUCUCCUCCAAGUUUCACUUCUUACAUGCAUGUUCUAUAUAUAAGGUGGUUUUUUUUUUUUUGUUUUUUUGUUAGUUUAAUGAAAAUGCCAAUUUAGAUGCUUGCAUAAUGUUGGAAAUUGAAAAGAAGAAGUAUUUGAAGAAAGAUUUAUUGCUUUC